UUGUUAUUCAAAUGAGUCUGAACAGGCGGACUCUAGUCGCUCGGCUUGAACGGAGCGCACGGUCAGAGCACAGCGCGCGGAGCAGGAGGCGAUCUACAGCCGCUCGUGGGAACCACCUAGGAACAGAGUACCGGAGCAUGGAAUACUGAAGUUAUUAAGGACCGUAUGAUAUGUUUGACUAAUAACAUAUCGAGCGUCUACCGCGGAACGCAUAAAGUGGGGGAAACCGCGAACACCCUGGAGCUCGGUCUUUUGAUGUUCACUGGCUCGUUGUCUGUCCUCUAGCAGAAGCGCAAGCGAAGGGCUGCGGUCGUCUACCUGUUGAAAUCAUGAGUCAGGCGGACAUGACUUGCUCUGCGCGUCAAAGAGUGUUUCAGGAAGCGCUCAGGAAGGGCAAUACCAAGGAGCUCCAUUCUCUCUUGCAAAACAUGACAAACUGUGAAUUUAACGUGAACUCUUUCGGACCCGAGGGACAGACGGCGCUGCACCAGUCCGUGAUCGAUGGCAACCUGGAGUUAGUAAAGCUGCUGGUGAAGUUCGGUGCAGACAUCCGCCUGGCCAACAGAGACGGAUGGAGCGCCCUGCACAUAGCAGCGUUUGGUGGACAUCAAGACAUCGUGCUUUACCUCGUCACGCGGGCGAAGUACUCAUCAAGCGCGCUCUGAGGCAAUCAAAGGAAAUCUGACGCUGUACCUUUAGGCCUAUCGCAUAUUUGACCCCUUUGUGCCAAAGUAAAAGACAGCUUGUUUGUGAUGUAAUGGGUUUAGGAAAUUGAUUUGAUGUCGAUGGGCACAGAAUUCAAAUCCAAAAGGCUAUUUUUGAUGUUGUCGGGUUGGUACAAUGUCAUGGAUGGGGUUUGCCAACUUCGGAUGCGUGAUGAAAAUGAUUGCUGUGUUAUUUAUGGAAUUAUUUGAGAAUACGACAAAUUGAACGGUCAUGUCAAAGUUUAACAAAAAGAUGACACGUGGUGGUCCUACAGAAUGACUAGUCUCAGGGUGCGAAUUAUGGGGGGUCUGACUCCUAAAUUGAGGCUUUAACACCCCAGAAGAACAAAACUGCGGUGGUCCUGCAACCAUUCCUUUUACCUUUAUUUCAAUCAAAGUUUUAAGAAUCGCGAAAAAUUCUCAAAAUAGGCCUACAUUUGAGUAACCAUAGCAACGAUUUAAUAACACAUUCACUGCUACGGUAUCUAACAGUGAGUGCAUUUACACGACAUUUAGCCUAGCUAUUUUUUAACAGAUAUUCACGUCACAGAUAUUUCACAUAUUUUGUUCUAAACACAUUUACAUAUAUCUGACGUUUAGCCAACCCGCAUACAAAAUCCGAACAUUGCUGACAGACAUAUCUUCGAAAUGUCGACCCCCCCCCUCAAUAAAUAAUUUGCACACUGACUGGACUGACAUACAUAUUCCUGUACAGAAUUACAUUAAGUACACAUUCUCUCUGCAUAUUGUCUAAAACGGGGACCGAUGUCUGAUACCUCAACUGUAAUGCAUUAUAAUGGUGACAUUGCAAUGUUGGUCAUCACGUAAUUAACCAGUCGAGAUCUCUCACCUCUUAAAUGAAAAAUAUCCACGCGAACACUUUCUGGCACAGACACUGCCAAGUAGGGUUUGUCUGUCGUAAUCAGUACUUCGUCAUGGAGUUCCUGAGUUUCUGACACUAAAGCUUUUUUUUAAACCUUUUUUUUUUUCAUUUAGGCGAUCCACACAUUUCAAGCCACAUGGUUUUGUAAUUCAGAGGUUGAGCAAAUCCACAGAUCGGUGCGUAGACUGCACUGGAUCCUAAAGCACAUUGGCCUUGUCCUCUUAAACCCCUUGCCGACUCAGGCAAGAUGGGGUUUAAAUACGUCGUGACUUUUGAAAUGCUUCAAAGCCAGUAUAGAAAUAUGCAUCACUUAUACUUGAGAAUGUUUUAAAUAUUGCACUGAUGGCUGUUUUAUGAGUUGUUGGUGUCAUGCCAACUUUUAAAGAUACUAUUUUUCUAAAUGGAAAACAAUUCUUAUUGUAUGGAAGCUCCAGGGUGGUUUUCACUCAUUCUUUGCAAAGGCUUUUAUAUGCCUGUGAACUGAAUUACUGUAUGUGUAAUUAUGUAACACACUCUGCUUGAAUGUCCCUCCAUAAGUAAUGUCGAACAUAUUCUAGACUUUUAACAAAUACGGUAAAAAUGUGACAGUGUUACUGGACAUCCUUUUGACACAAUGGGAGAACAUACAAGUAAAGUGUCCAGAAAACUCUUGGAGCACUUCCUUUCUGAAGUCCCAUCCUCCUCUUUUUAAGGGGGAUGCUACAUGGUAAAACCAGUGUGACAAGGAGUUGCACAAUGCACAAGUCUUUACUUGAUAAUGCCAUAACAUUUAUGACAUGAAAGUAAAAGUAACUUCUUUGAUUGAGAAAAAAAAAAAGUCAAAUGACUGUGAUUUUUUUUUAUUUUUAUUUUGGACCAACUUUUGAAAUAUUUUCAUCAAAGAGAAGUUUGAAAAAAGGCCUCUCGCAAUGUUUUUUGUCUUUUGUGAAUUGUUAUUUUGUGUUUUUAUAUCUGUUUAGCUGUUUGUUUAUGUUUCGAAUGAUGUAAGUGGUUAUAUCUUAAAUCUAUUUCUUGCUGUAUUUUGUACUUUUUGUACAAAGGCGUUUUAGAUAUUAAAUUCUGUGGUUUUAAGAAACUUUGGUGUAAUGCAUAGACUUGUG